AAAAUAUUGAUUAAAACAAAGAAAAUUCAAAGAAAAAUUAAUAUUUAAUUCAUAUUAAUAAUUAAUAAGAAAUAUAAUUGCUUUAAAUAAUAUUCAAACUAUAUUAACAAUAAAAUGAGAUUAGUUUCAUUGCUGCUAAUUGCAUUGCUUUUAACAAGCGCAUUUAAUGUUGCAUCAAGUAAAUCUCUCAGAAGAUAAGAUAUAAUACUUGCAGAGAGAGAUGAUGAAGGUAGUGAUUAAGUUUCUGAAGGAGGUGAAGAAGGUGGCGAUUCUGGUGCUACUGAAGGUGGAGAUUCUGGUGCUACUGAAGGUGGUGAUUCUGGUGCUACUGAAGGAGGUGAUUAAGUUUCCGAAGGAGGUGAAGAAGGUGAUGAUUCUGGUGCUACUGAAAAUGGUGAUUCUAAUGUUACUGAAGGUGGUGAUGAUUAAACUGAUGGUGAUGAUGAUUAAACUGAUGGUGAAGUUUAUGAUCCAGAAGUCGCUGAGGAAGCAGAAGCUGAAGAAGAAGCUGCUGAGGAAGCUGCUUAGGAAGAUGAAAAAGAAUAAGAAGAAGAAAAUACUGAUUCUUCUGAUGAAGGUGAUGAUUCUGAUUCUUCUGAAGAAGGAGGUGAUGACUAAACCUCAGAAGGUGGUGAAGACUUAACCGCAGAAAACGCUACUGAAGAAACCAAUGGAGACGAUUAAGUUUCUGAAGGUGGUGAAGAAGGAGGUGAUUCAGGUUCUUCCGAAGAAGGUGAUUCUCAUCAUUCUGAAGGUGGUGACUCUGGUUCUUCUGAAAAUGAAAAUGGAGGUGAUGGUUAAGUCUCUGAAGGAGGUGAAUAAACUGAAACUCUUGUAGGUGAAGAUUCUAAAGCCACUGCAAAAACUGCUUUUGGUGAAGAUGUUACUGCUGCUGAAGCUUAAACCGCUGAUACUGUAGCAACUACCUCAAGUGGUGCUCCUGCUGAAAAUGUUGCCACUGAAUAAUUAUAAGAAUAACAAGAUUUAGCUAAUCCCGCUGGCGCUGCCACUUAAUAAAGCUAAUCUGCAGAAGAAUAAGGUGGUUUUUUGACAGGAUCAUAAGCAACAGAAGAAGCAGUUGGAGAUAUUUUAGAAGCCUCAAAGAAGUUCAUAUAAACCAAGGUUUCUGAAAAACUUGCUAAGCACUUCUGA